AUGAAAAGGAGAAAAUAUCUCACCCUCUCUCUCUCUCUCUCUCUCUCUCUCUUUUAUAACGUCCAUUUCCUUCUCUCUCUUCUUUUCUCCUUUCUCCCUUCAAUACAUUCUCCUCCUUAUUAUCUCAUGAAAACCUUUUCUAUCGGAGAAAAUAUCCUCUCUCUCUCUCUCUCUCUCUCUCUCUCUUUUCUCUCAAAUAACGUCUCAUUUCUUCUCUCUCUUCUUUCUCUCUUCCUUCCUCUCUUUCUCUUCUCUCUCAUUUCCUCUCUUUUAUUUCUCCUUUUAAAAACCUCUUUCUAUCGGAAAAUCUUUUUAGCUCUCAGUCAGAUUCUCUUUCUCUCUUUUAAAUCUCUCUUUCUCCUCUCUCUUCUCUCUCUCUCUCUCUCUCUCUCUUUUAUAACGUCCAUUCCUUCUCUCUCUUUUUCUAUUUUCCUAAAAAAUUCAUUCUCCUCCCUGUUUAUCUGGUUUGAAACCUUUCUAUCGGUCGAUCUUUUUAGCUCUCAGUCUCAGAUUCUCUUUCUUUCUAUUUACAUGAAAAGGAAAAAAUAUCUUCUCUCUCUCUCUCUCUCUCUCUCUCUCUCUUUUAUAACGUCCAUUCCUUCUCUCUCUUCUUUCUCCCUUCCUACCCUUCAAUACUUUUCCCUCCCUUAUUAUCUCAUGAAACCUUUCUAUCGGAGAAAAUAUCCACCCUCUCUCUCCCUCUCUCUCUCUCUCUCUUUCUUACGUCAUUCCUUUCUCUCUCUUCUUUCUCCUUCCUCCCCUUCUUUACAUUCCUCCCUUCUUUCUCCUUUGAAACCUUUCUAUCUUUAUCUUUUUUGGCUCUCAGUCAGAUUCUCUUUCUAUUUACAUGAAAAGAAAAAAUCUUCCCUCUCUCUCUCUCUCUCUCUCUCUCUUUUUAACGUCUCUUUUUCUUUCUCUUCAAUUCUCUUUCUAUUUCUGAAAAGGAAAUCUCUUCUCUCUCUUUCUCUCUCUCUCUCUCUCUUUUUCUCUCUCCUUCUCUCUCUUCUUCUCUCCCUUCUCCAUUUCCUUUCCCUCCUUAUUAUCUUUCUGAAACCUUUCUAUCGGUCGAUCUUUUUUAGCUCUCAGUCAGAUUCUCUUUCUAUUUACAUGAAAAGGAGAAAAUAUCACCUCUCUCUCUCUCUCUCUCUCUCUCUCUCUCUCUCUUUCUAA